AUGGCUGCUACAGAGGCUGCGGACACUCAGCUGAUGCUCGGAGUCGGGCUCAUCGAAAAGGACACAAAUGGAGAAGUUCUGUGGGUAUGGUGUUACCCUUCCACCACAGCUACUUUAAGGAAUCUGCUGCUGAGAAAAUGCUGCCUUACAGAUGAAAACAAACUGCUCCAUCCCUUUGUCUUUGGUCAGUACAGAAGAGCAUGGUUUUAUAUCACAACAGUUGAAGUUCCAGAUUCUUCCAUUUUGAAAAAGGUGACUCAUUUUUCUAUUGUUCUGACCGCCAAAGAUUUUAAUCCAGAGAAAUAUGCCGCCUUCACUAGGAUAUUGUGUAGAAUGUACCUGAAGCACGGGAGCCCAGUUAAGAUGAUGGAGAGCUACAUCGCAGUUCUCACGAAGGGGAUAUGCCAGAGUGAGGAAAAUGGCUCUUUCCUUAGUAAGGACUUUGAUGCCCGAAAGGCAUACCUUGCAGGUUCCAUCAAAGACAUUGUAUCUCAGUUUGGAAUGGAAACUGUUAUCUUACACACAGCACUGAUGCUAAAGAAAAGAAUUGUCGUCUAUCACCCCAAAAUAGAAGCUGUCCAGGAGUUUACCAGGACUCUGCCUGCCCUGGUAUGGCAUCGACAGGACUGGACAAUACUUCACUCCUACGUGCACCUGGAUGCCGAUGAACUGGAAGCCCUACAGAUGUGCCCAGGUUACAUCGCUGGAUUUGUGGACUUGGAGGUGAGCAACAGAUCAGACCUGUACGAUGUGUUUGUGAAUCUGGCAGACAGUGAGAUCACCAUUGCCCCCCUCGCAAAAGAGGCCAUGACAAUGGGCAAACUGCAUAAAGAAAUUGGUCAGUUAAUUGUCCAGUCGGCAGAAGAUCCAGAGAAGUCAGACAGCCAAGUUAUACAGGAUAUCUCCCUAAAAACAAAAGAAAUCUUCACCAACCUGGCUCCAUUCUCAGAAGUUUCGGAUGAUGGAGAAAAGCGAGUGCUCAAUUAUGAGGCACUAAAGCAAAGACGGUUUCCGCCAGCCACAGAAAACUUCCUCUACCAUCUAGCUGCCGCGGAGCAAAUGCUGAAAAUCUGA